AUGUGCCAGUUAUCAUCAUCAAGCUCUUCUGUCUCCACUUUGUAUGAAACUAAUAACAACCAAACAAACAUAUCCACAACCAAACUCAAGAAACCUGACAUGUUUACACCAUUGAUCCCUAAAUCCCCAACAUUCAAACAACAAGAAACCCACACAAAAAAAACCCACUUUUCUCUUGCCAUCAAUGAAGCCAAACACAUUGCAAACAUAGCGUUACCUAUGGUUUUAACAGGCUUAUUAAUGUACUCUCGUUCCAUCAUUUCAAUGUUAUUUCUCGGCCGUGUUGGCGAACUCGCUUUAGCAGGUGGAUCACUUGCUAUAGGGUUCGCCAACAUAACCGGUUACUCCAUUCUCUCUGGUCUUGCCAUGGGAAUGGAGCCUAUAUGCGGUCAAGCUUUUGGUGCUAAAAGAUUCAAACUCCUUGGUCUUACAAUGCAAAGAACAAUGAUUCUUCUUCUUGUAACAUCAACUUUCAUUUCAUUCUUGUGGCUUAACAUGAAAAGAAUUCUGCUUUUAUGUGGCCAACAAGAAGAUAUAGCAAACGUUGCGCAAUCCUACAUUCUUUAUUCUCUUCCUGAUCUCGUAGCACAAUCGCUGCUACACCCUUUGAGAAUCUAUCUUCGAAGUCAAUCUAUAACACUUCCUUUAACAUACAGUGCUACUCUCUCCAUUCUUCUUCAUCUUCCUAUAAACUAUUUUCUUGUUUCUGUCCUCAACUUAGGAAUCAAAGGAAUCGCGAUAGGUUCCGUUUGGACCAACUUCAACCUCGUUGCUUCCUUGAUUAUUUACAUUUGGGUUUCUGGAACACACAACAAGACAUGGAAUGGCUUUUCAUAUUCAUGUUUCAAAGGAUGGAAAUCGCUUUUGAAUUUAGCAAUUCCGAGCUGCAUUUCAGUUUGUCUCGAAUGGUGGUGGUACGAGAUCAUGAUUUUAAUCUGCGGUUUAUUGAUUAAUCCACAUGCAACUGUUGCAUCUAUGGGUGUUUUGAUUCAAACAACUGCAUUAAUAUACAUUUUUCCUUCUUCAUUGAGUUUCGGCGUUUCCACAAGAGUUGGUAAUGAACUUGGUGCUGAAAAUCCACAGAAAGCAAAACUUGCAGCCAUAGUAGGACUCUGUUUUAGUUAUGUUUUGGGUUUCUCAGCUCUGUUGUUUGCAUUUUCGGUUCGAAACAUUUGGGCUUCCAUGUUCACAAACGAUCCACAAAUCAUUGCAUUAACUUCAAUGGUGUUACCUAUCAUAGGACUUUGCGAGCUCGGAAACUGUCCACAAACAACCGUUUGUGGCGUUUUGCGAGGGACUGCUCGGCCGAAGUUGGGCGCCAAUAUUAAUUUAGGAUGUUUUUAUCUCGUGGGAAUGCCUGUCGCGGUUUGGUUGAGUUUUGUUGCUGGAUUUGAUUUCAAAGGUUUAUGGUUUGGUCUUUUGGCUGCUCAAGGUUCUUGUAUGGUGACAAUGUUGUUUGUUUUGUUUCGUACCAAUUGGGAAAAUCAAGUAGAAAGGGCGAAGGAUCUGACAUCGUCCGAUUCGAGCGAAGAACAAGAACAAGAGAAAGGUCUUGUGAGUUCAUGUGACAUAAAAGAGUGUUCUAAUUCAUUAGUUUGA